GUCCGGAGCAGCUGGCUGCGUACACGUACUACCUGGCCGCUUUCGAGCAGCAGCAGCAGCAGCAGCAGCAGCAGCGGGAGCAGUCGACGCCUGUGCAGCCGGAGGCCCAGGUGCCGCAAGCGCAGCCACAGCAUCUCCAGCUGCCCCCGCUCCCGCUGGCGCAUCCGGACCAGCCAACCCUGCAGCUCGAGCAGCACCAG